AACAACACACUGAACAUCACUGUAUUUCUCACUGUCUCUCUCUAUAUAUAGCCGAGUGCACUGCCACUCAGAGAUUGUCAGAGAAAGCAGCUUUGAGCUUAGCUAUGGCAAUGGCCGCGCCGCUGACGUUGGUGGUGGUGGCGGCGGCGGUGGCCGUCGUCUUCGUCGGCGGCGGCGUGGAGGGGUGGGUGCUCAAGGAGGGGUUCUACGAGCAGAGCUGCCCGCGCGCGGAGGCGCUGGUGAAGCACUACGUGGAGCAGCACGUCCCCCUCGCCCCCUCCGUCGCCGCCACCCUCAUCCGCACCCACUUCCACGACUGCUUCGUCAGGGGGUGCGACGCGUCGGUGUUGCUGAACGGGACGGACGGGGCGGAGGCGGAGAAGGACGCGGCGCCGAACCUGACGCUGCGGGGGUUCGCCUUCAUCGACCGCAUCAAGAGCGUGGUCGAGAGCGAGUGCCCCGGCGUCGUCUCCUGCGCCGACAUCCUCGCGCUCGCCACCCGCGACGCCAUCUCCGUCAUCGGCGGGCCGUUCUGGCGGGUGGCGACGGGGCGGCGCGACGGGAGGGUGUCGAUCAAGCAGGAGGCGCUGGACCAGAUCCCGGCGCCGACCAUGAACUUCACCGACCUCCUCUCCUCCUUCCAGAGCAAGGGCCUCGACCUCGCCGACCUCAUCUGGUUGUCAGGGGCGCACACGAUCGGCAUCGCGCACUGCAACUCGUUCAGCAAGCGGCUGUACAACUUCACCGGGAAAGGCGGCCCCGGCGACGCGGACCCGUCGCUGGACGCGGAGUACGCGGCGAACCUGCGGCGGAGCAAGUGCGCGGCGCCGUCGGACAACACGACGAUCGUGGAGAUGGACCCGGGCAGCUUCCUCACCUUCGACCUGGGCUACUACCGCGGCCUCCUCAGGCGCCGCGGUCUCUUCCAGUCCGACGCCGCCCUCGUCACCGACGCCGCCGCGGAGGCCAACAUCGCCAGCGUGGUGUCCAGCCCGCCGGAGGUGUUCUUCCAGGUGUUCGCGAGGUCCAUGGCGAAGCUGGGCAUGGUCGGCGUCAAGACCGGCUCCGAGGGCGAGAUCAGGAAGCACUGCGCCCUCGUCAACGACAUCCACUACUAGUAUUAUCACUAGCUCAUCGAUCUUCAGCUCCUCGGUGCUUGAUAAAAUUUCAGUAGAAAUAUAUAUACAUGUAACUUAAUUCGAUCGUCAUCCUGUUUAUUCUCUCUCUCUAUGUAAUUUUGUUUCCAAAUUGUAACUGUUUUAUUUUGGAGCAACUGUAACUAUUUCUGUAUGUGCCCAUGAAUAUAUUUCAAUUAUAGAAAAUAAUUCACUUUUUAGUCAUA